ACCUGAGAGGGACGAACCGGAUGAAUGUUGUCGUUUCUGUGUUUUGAAGGAAGAAAAGAGCCCCCUGUUUUUCACUGUGUGGAUCAAACGGACCGCCGCGCGUGGGCUUUAUUUUUUAUUUUUCUCACUGGGGUACUGAGCAACCUCCACAAUAAGCUGAAUUCUCCUCUCAGCCAUCUUGACUGCUGCUCGCUGCCCUGAGGCUGAUCUCUUUCCUCCUCAGCUGAAAGUAAACACGGCUUGCACGUCGCGUGCAACUCCGUGGAAGACCCCCAGAGAGGCGCGAUGGGCUCGGAGCGCAGCCUCUAACCUGGCCGGAGGGUUUCUGUCUGUUUGUGUCAGAGCAGCGACACGCCGGACAUCAUGGACCUGUUUGGGAUUUACCUGCUCCUCUCGGUCGCUGUCCUACCCCGAUCCAGCUGCACCACAGCCAAGGAGAUCACCUGCCAGGAGAUAGCCGUGCCCCUCUGCAAGGGGAUCGGCUACAACUACACCUACAUGCCCAACCAGUUCAACCACGACACGCAGGACGAGGCGGGACUGGAGGUGCACCAGUUCUGGCCUCUGGUUGAGAUCCAGUGUUCUCCGGACCUGAAGUUCUUCCUCUGCAGCAUGUACACCCCGAUCUGCUUGGAGGACUACAAGAAACCUUUACCGCCGUGCCGGAGCGUGUGCGAGAGGGCACGAGCCGGCUGCGCGCCGCUCAUGAGGCAGUACGGCUUCCCCUGGCCGGACAGAAUGAGGUGCGACCUGCUGCCGGUCCAGGGCAACCCGGACACGCUGUGCAUGGACUACAACAGAACGGACUCCACCACCGUCUCCCCGGUGCUCUCUAAACCCACCAACCUCCCCAGCAAAAGCUACAAUCCGCCUAAAAACAAGCCUGGAAGACCAGGUUCUGGGAAAUACAAGCCGCCUGGCGCCCACUGUGAGCCGGGGUGUAAGUGUCUGGAGCCCAUGGUCCCGGUAAACACGGACCGACACCCGCUUUAUAACCGGGUUAAGACCGGACAGAUCACCAACUGCGCCAUGCCGUGCCACAAUCCCUACUUUACGCACGAUGAGCGCGCGUUCACGGCGUUCUGGAUCGGACUCUGGUCCGUGUUGUGCUUCGUGUCAACUUUCGCCACCGUCGCCACGUUUCUGAUCGACAUGGAGCGCUUCAAGUACCCGGAGCGACCCAUCAUCUUCCUGUCCGCCUGCUACAUGUUCGUCUCAGUCGGAUAUAUCGUCAGACUGAUCGCCGGACACGAGAAGGUCGCGUGCAACCGAGAGUUCGACCUGGAGCACAUCCACUACGAGACCACCGGCCCGGCGCUCUGCACCGUGGUUUUCCUCCUUAUCUACUUUUUCGGCAUGGCCAGCUCCAUCUGGUGGGUCAUCCUGUCCCUGACCUGGUUCCUCGCAGCCGGGAUGAAGUGGGGGAACGAAGCCAUCGCCAGUUACUCCCAGUACUUCCACCUGGCUGCCUGGCUCAUCCCCAGCAUCAAGUCCAUCGCGGUGCUGGCGCUCAGCUCCGUGGACGGGGACUCCGUGGCCGGCAUCUGCUACGUGGGGAACCAGAACCUGGACAAUCUGCGGGGUUUCGUCCUCGCCCCCUUGGUGAUUUAUUUAUUCAUCGGCACCAUGUUUCUCCUGGCCGGGUUCGUGUCUCUGUUCCGAAUCCGCAGCGUCAUCAAACAAGGUGGCACCAAAACGGACAAACUGGAGAAGCUGAUGAUCCGGAUCGGGAUUUUUACGGUUCUCUACACGGUUCCGGCCACCAUCAUAGUGGCCUGUUACUUUUAUGAGCAGCACAACCGGCAGAGCUGGGAGAUCACGCACAACUGCUCCAACUGCGUCCUGGACCGGGACCGCAGGAGUCCAGACUAUGCGGUUUUUAUGUUGAAGUACUUCAUGUGCCUUUUGGUGGGCAUCACGUCCGGGGUGUGGAUCUGGUCGGGGAAGACCGUGGAUUCUUGGAGGACUUUCUGCACCAGGUGCUGCUGGGGGAGUAAAGGCACGAGCGGCUCCAUGUACAGCGACGUGAGCACCGGGCUGACGUGGCGGUCGGGCACGGCCAGCUCGGUGUCCUGCCCCAAACAGAUGCCGCUGUCCCAGGUCUGACAGGGGGAGGGAAGCUGAUGAGGACUGCUAAUUGUUUGGGAGAUAACCCAUCACAGCACGUCUCGAGGCAAUUUGCAUUGUAAUGUGUACACACACACAACACAAGCACACACACCAGAGGUACAGACUGAGCUAACUGGGCAUUACCUGCUGAAGACUUCCGUUUCCAGCUUCAUCUUCAUCUUUGUGCCAGAAAACCUUCAAUCACAGCAGCAGUGGUUUAAAUUAAGCCUUAAGAGUGCCCAAGAUUUUUACGGGUCCUUCAUUUUUUAUGUAUUUAUAUAGAACUUAUGUAAAAAAAACUUGUUCAUUUUGUAUAUAAAAGAAAAGUUUAUAAGAUAUUGUAAAUUUGUACAAAGUGUAGAUGUGUCUUUUUUGUGGAGAAAAGCAAAUAUGACUUAUUUUGACAAUAAAACAGCUGAUAAAUCUGAA